AUGGCGAAGGACAUCGAAGCAUCGGGGCCCGAGGCCGGCGAGUUCUCGGCCAAGGACUACACCGACCCUCCGCCGGCGCCGCUCAUCGACGCGGAGGAGCUCACCAAGUGGUCGCUGUACCGCGCGGUCAUCGCCGAGUUCAUCGCCACGCUGCUCUUCCUCUACAUCACCGUGGCCACCGUCAUCGGGUACAAGCACCAGACGGACGCGACGGCGUCGGGCCCCGACGCGGCGUGCGGUGGCGUCGGUGUCCUCGGCAUCGCCUGGGCCUUCGGCGGCAUGAUCUUCAUCCUCGUCUACUGCACCGCCGGCAUCUCAGGUGGGCACAUCAACCCGGCCGUGACCUUCGGCCUGUUCCUGGCGAGGAAGGUGUCCCUGGUCCGCGCGCUGCUCUACAUCGUCGCGCAGUGCCUGGGCGCCAUCUGCGGCGUGGGGCUCGUCAAGGGCUUCCAGAGCGCCUACUACGUGCGCUACGGCGGCGGCGCCAACGGGCUCAGCGACGGCUACUCCAAGGGCACCGGCCUCGCCGCCGAGAUCAUCGGCACCUUCGUGCUCGUCUACACCGUCUUCUCCGCCACCGACCCCAAGCGCAGUGCCCGUGACUCCCACGUCCCGGUGUUGGCUCCUCUCCCAAUUGGGUUCGCGGUGUUCAUGGUGCACCUGGCCACCAUCCCCAUCACCGGCACCGGCAUCAACCCGGCGAGGAGCCUGGGAGCCGCGGUCAUCUACAACCAGGACAAGGCCUGGGACGACCAAUGGAUCUUCUGGGUGGGCCCACUGAUCGGCGCCGCCAUCGCCGCCGCCUACCACCAGUACGUGCUGAGGGCCAGCGCCACCAAGCUCGGGUCGUCCUACCGGAGCAACGCCUAA